ACGUCAUUCACUGCUAAACACUUGUCGGUCGAUUAACUGAACAGCACAGCAGUGGAUAUCUACCGACCUGUUAGUGGGGGCCUGUGAACAUGAACGAAGAUUCCUUUGCAUCGCUAUGCAACAGAGUUAAGAAGACCAAAUUGGACUAUUGUAAACAAAGUAUUAUUUCUUCGACUAAAGAUGAAGUUACUUAUCUACAGGUAUGCAGCUUACUGAAACUGAUAGAUGAUAGUACAGUCAGGCUGAAAACUCUUACACUAUUGUUACGGAGAAUGUAUGCUUGCAACUGUAUUGAAGCUCAAGCCAUCAUAAAGUCAGUGAAGUAUAACACAGACAGAAUAGAUGCUUUAAAAUUACUUGUCUGUUAUUUAUCAGAUCCUGGUAAUUAUGAUAAUUUAUUACCAGCGUUUCCUUUUAAAGAAGAGAAGACACAAGCAGGGAGGAUAUUGACACAAGUGGCAGCCAGAGGGAAUGCUCCAAUGCAUGGUUCUAUUGUAACAGGAUCCACAAUUCCAUUCAGGUCACAGUCAGCAGCGUCUCUUCGAUCAACGUCUUCCCUGUCAUAUACUUCUCAGAAUGCAGUUGAACGAAAGGUGGACCGCUUUUUUCAUGCAUUAGCUGAUAUGUACGACAGGCGAAUUGAAGGCAAAGGGGUCAAAGUUGAGCCAUUUAUGGAUGAUGAUGAAGAGAUGAUCCUGUCAGAAGAUUCUUCUGACAUUCCCUUACAGAGCUUCGCUAGUCUAUCAAUGCGCCAGUCAUCACUGAAGAAUGUGACACACUGUAAAACCUCAUCCGGGAAUGAUAGAGACAUCAAUAAUCAGAAUACAGAGUCAUCUACUGAACAACCUUCACAACACCCAGUCCCAGAAUGCCAAGGAGUGCCCAACCUGGGAUUUGACUGCGAUGAAAAUAAAGACUUGGUGGUCGAGGACUUACAAGGAGAGAGUUUUAAUAGCACAGUCUUACAAAUACAGCAAGUUGAUGAUACAAACGCAUGA